ACAUCGCGGGAGCGCAGGACAAGGUAAGCUUUAACCUCCCUAGUGGUAUUCCCGAAUGUAGCUCGGGGUAAAAUGUCAGUGCCAAAAGCGGUAACCCCGAGCUACACUCGGGCUUACCAUGCGGCGCUGCAUAGGGAGUCCCUGCAGAGCUUACCUUGUCCUUCGCUCCCGCGAUGUGUCCCCUGCAGCGUCCCCGGCCAUCUCCUCCGGCCAAUGCCGGCAUCCGGCUUCUGUGUUCCGGCCCCUGUGACGUCGGGACGUACGGGUGCCGCCGCCGGCAGGAAAUUUGAAAAUUUAAAAAAAUUUCUUUUUUUUCAAAACAAAUUUUUCAUAGUAAAACAUUUC